GAAGACUUACGCACCCGGAAUGAAUGAAAACGAGAGAAGAAAAAGGUGGAUAGCUGCUUGUCGUUUAAGCAGUUUAAAUGUCACAAGACAUACAAGAAUUUGUUCAGCACACUUCGAAGGUGGUUUAGGACCCUCAAAGCUUAAUCCUGUCCCAACAAUUUUCAGUUUCCCGACUCAUUUGCAGCCCAAAACCCGACGGAAGCGAACAGAUCCAGAGGAAAGGAGACGAGGAGCUUUGAGCUGCAUACAAAACAAAACCAAGACUGCACCAAGGAGACAAGCAGGUAAAACUGACAAAAACAAGGAAAACCCGGAACCAUUGGGCCUGUCAUCACAACUGCAGGAAACUGCGUGCUCGAGCGACAUGGAUUUUAUUUUUUCUGAAGAGUGUGAGAUUAAAACUGAACAGACACCUGAUCCAAGAUCCCUUGCAGACAAGUGUAUCCAAACCGACCUUACCUGUGAAGAUAUCGACUGCAUGGAAGCAGCCAAAGCUAAACUGGAAAAUAAACCAGAACUGAAGAGAGAAAUGUUUAUAGACGACGUCCUAAAAAGCAACAAGUCCGUGUGUUUCUACACUGGAUUGCCCUCCUAUGCCUGUCUUAUGAUGUUGUUUCCCUUUCUGAAACCAUUUGCAAAUGCAAUGAAAUAUUGGGACAACAAGAAAAAGGGACAGAGGGAAACGUAUCAGGAAGAUGAACAUGUUAACAAGCCGGGACCAAAGAGGCAGAUGCCAUUAUUUUCUGAAUUUUUAAUGGUUCUUAUAAGACUCAGGCUUGGACUGUUACAGAGUCACCUGGCAGACAUUUUUGCAAUUUCACAAAGUUCAGUUUCCAAGAUUUUUACAACUUGGAUUAAUCUUUUGUAUCAUGUAUUUAAGGAAGUUCUUAUAAUAUGGCCUGCAAAGGUUCAAAUUCAAAAGCACAUGCCUAAGAGCUUUAGUAGGUAUCCUCGGACCCGUGUAAUUAUUGACUGUACAGAGUUUUUUAUAGAGAAGUCCACUCAACCUUCAGCUCAGAAAAUUACUUGGAGUGAUUACAAGUCACAUAACACUUUCAAACUCUUGGUUGGUAUUUCACCCACUGGAGCCUUCACAUUUGUCUCUAAACUUUGGUCUGGUGGGGUCUCUGACCGAAAUAUAACUCAGAAAUCUGGACUGAUAGACAAGCUGGAACCUCUAGAUGAUGUGAUGGCUGAUAGAGGAUUCAAUAUUAGAGAUAUGGUCACAAAGAAAAAGGCCACAUUAAACAUUCCCCCCUUUGCAAAGGGGAAGUCCCUUUCAACAAAGGCAUGUACAAAAACCAGGAGAAUAGCUGCAGUUCGCAUACAUGUGGAAAGAGCAAUCCAGCGGCUCAAGUGUUUCCGAAUUUUACGUGGUGUGAUACCUAUCACCCUUGCUGCAGUUGCUGAUCAGACUGUGUUUGUAUGUGCAGCACUGUGUAACUUAAUGAAGCCUCUUGUUUCAAAGUAAAUGU